AUGGAAGGUCCAUUAGAAGUAAAGACUUCUACCGCAGGUGCAGAAGAACCUAUUAAAUCAGAACCUAUUAAGUCUGAAGCACCAGAUCGGAGUGAAGGUGCAGUGUCACCUCCACCUAAUUGUAGUAUUUGUUUGGGCAAAUUAGUGAAUACAUCAUUCACAGAUAGUUGCCUUCAUCAAUUUUGCUUUACUUGUCUGCUUCAAUGGUCUAAAAUAAAGACAGAAUGUCCAUUAUGUAAGCAGACAUUUAAGUCAAUCAUACAUAAUGUUAGAUCAGAAGAAGAUUAUGACCAGUAUCAUGUAUCCAGAGAAUUAGCUACUUUGGACCCUAGUUUUGAAUUGCUUUCCCAUUAUAGGACAACUAUGACAGGACAUCACAUACGCCCACAUGAAGUAAUGUUUAACCCAGAACAAGUUGCAAGAAGAGAUCAAUCACCAAGCUUAAUACCUCAAGUCCCAAUGGGAGAACGCUUACGUAGACGGGCAAAACCAGCCUACGAUCGCCGUACCAUUUAUAGGCUUGGCCUUUGGGCUUUACCACAAAAUGUACUUCGCCGUUUUCGCGUUACCAGUGCUGACUUUUAUCGAAGAGAACCUAGAGAAUUAAGUCGACUUAUACCAUGGCUAAAUAGAGAAUUGCUAGUGUUGUUGAAUAACAAUACUACAUAUGUUGAAUACGUUCUAAGAGUUAUAUUGACUGCUCUUAAUAACUACGAUAUUAGGAGCACGUCGUUUCGAGAAUUAUUGCGCCCUCAUUUUGGCACAUUUACAGAUCACUUUGUACAUGAAUUAUUUAAUUAUGCGCGAUCUAACUACGAUUUACUUGGAUAUGAUCAGUCUGUAAUCUCUGUACCACGAGAAAUAUUAAAUGAAUAUAUAAGUGAUAUGAAUAUAUCACCUGCAAAUACUAGCACCAGUUCCGACGAUUCAGAUGUUCGAGUUCUUGAUGAAGCAAUCUUAGAUCUUAGAAUGAAUACAGAAAUGCCUGGUGUAGGACCACAUACUAUUAAUAUGCCUGGUCCAAGUACUGUGGGGCAGGCGUUCCAAUCGGAAGAAAUAGAUGAACCAUUUAAUGCACCAGAUGUAUAUACUAUUUCUUCUGAUUCUCUUGCAUCAGAUAACGAUUGUGAAGUAAUCGCUUAUGUGAAACCCCGACAUGAAAGGACACCAGAAAUCAUAGAAUUAGUUUCGUCUGAUCCUGAAGAAAUCGAUAUUUCUCACGUAUCUAACGAUAAUGCCCAAUCUUCAGCGCCUGACUUGGAUGAAGAUAACGCCCAACCUAGUACAUCCCAUAGUAUUAAAAAACGAGUUUUGACUUCUUCGUCUAGCGAAAGUGAUUCUGAUUCAGACAGCGAUUAUACUUCCGUGAGAAGCAAAAAAUAUCACAGUCGCAGUAGGAAGCGCUCGAAAAGAAGUACAACUAAAAGGCGUAAUCGAUCAAGGGAAACAAGGGUUCGUAAUCGUUCAAGUAGACAUUUAUCUAGUUCCGGAGAAAGUGACUCUAGAAAGAAACGAAAAAAAAGAAAUACUCAACGAAGGGUGAAAAAGAGGUUGAGUAAUAGUAACGACAGUAGUUCCCAUGAGAUUGUUGAAAAGAAAUCGAGAACUUCGCAGUAUUCUACAAAAGGUACCGUACGCGUUCGUAAGGACUUAAUUAAAAAAGAAACUCGAUACUCGGAUGAAGAAUCAUUUAGUAGUGAUAGUAGUACUGAAUGUGACGAAACCGCUAAAAAUGUAAAGUGUCGUACGGUACGAAGAUCAAAAAGGAUAUACACCACUAGCUCGAGUGAUUUUGACAUGGGUAGUAGAAAUGAAAGAGUAGUUAGAAAAAGAGGUAAAACAAAACAGGCACUAGAUGUAAGGGAAUCGCACCGAAAAGAAUCAAGAUAUAAGGAUGACCGACAAUCUACUUCUAGAAGUAGCAGUGCAUCUUCGUAUGCAUCACAAAAAGAAAAAAGAGUUAGCUCGAAACGACGAGAAUCUCAAAGACCUAUGAGUGAUGAGGACAGUAACUGGAUAAAUAGAAUAGUUUCAAGAAAACGUGAAUUCAAAUCUAAAAUGAGAAAAACUAUUCGGAGUAGUUUUGAUUGUGAAAAGGAUUAUAGAUUGCAUAAUUAGUGCAGUAAUUAUUCAAGUAAAACGUAUACACAUAAAAAGAAGUUGAAGCAUAAACAUAGGCACAAAAGUAAAAGAAGGAAACGAUCUAACAGUAGAAUACAUAGUUCGUCCAAUCGAUUACGAUUAACUUGGCGACAACUCCUGCAAAAUUAGCAAGGAGGUAUAGAAGAUC